GACAAUCCGCGCCUUCUCUUCUCCAACACUCUCCUGUCUGUCCUGUCUGUCUUAUAAGGAUGAUUUCUUGUGCAUUUCUAAUUUGGACCUUUCUUGCUGGAGUUGCAGCUCUGUUGUUUUACCAGAGACGGUUUUACUCUUACUUUUGGGAGGACUUGAUGUAUGGCUUAAAGGUCCGAAAGGUCGGGAAGGCGAUGAUGGCGAAGAUGGAACGAGGGGUUCUCACCUAUCUAGACCGCUUUGUUGACCAGGCUAAACAGACUCCUGGAAAGCCGUUCAUCGUCUACGAGAAGGAGGUUUUGACAUACAUGGAUGUGGACUUAAGGAGCAACAAGUUUGCGAAUGUUUUCCGAAAAGAUGUCGGUGUGCAACACGGUGACAUUGUCGCGCUUUGGAUGAGCAACGAGCCCGACUUCUUGUGCGCGUGGUUCGGGUUGUGUAAACUGGGCUGUGAGGUGGCCUUCAUCAACACCAACAUCAAAGCCAAAGCUCUUCUGCACUGUCUACAAAGCUGUGGGGCCAAAGUUCUCAUCGUAGGAUCUGAUUUGAUCCAAGUUUUAGAUGAUGUCCUGCCAGCUCUAUCGGAUAAUGACAUUAAUGUGUGGGUAACUGAAAAGAGCUGUCAGAGCGUCAGCACAUUGUUGGACAAAGUAGAGCUGGCCUCAGAAGAAAAGCCACAAGAUGACAUUCCCCUGCCAAAUCUCACGUCCAACUUCCUGUUCAUCUUCACCUCAGGCACCACAGGACUUCCAAAAGCUGCCAGAGUCAGUCACAUCAAGGCUGUGAUGAGCAUGGCCUUCUUCAGCCUGUGUGGUGCCAAUAGAAAUGAUACCAUCUAUCUCACCUUGCCACUCUACCAUAUGGCCGCCUCUCUGCUGGGUAUUGGCGGAUGCAUUGAUCUAGGAGCUACAUGUGUUUUAAAGAAGAAAUUUUCAGCUAGCCAGUUCUGGACUGACUGCAUCAAGUACGAAGUUACUGUGUUCCAGUAUAUUGGAGAACUCUGUCGAUAUCUGAUCAAUCAACCCAAGACUCCAGAAGAGAUGGCACAUAAAGUGCGCAUUGCUGCAGGGAGUGGGCUUAGAGCAGAUGUCUGGAAGGAGUUUUCCAGACGUUUUGGGAAAAUACGGAUUUGUGAGGCGUACGGUUUGACCGAGGCCAGCAUUGGCUUUGUUAACUACACCACAGAAAUUGGACCCAUUGGGCGGGCCAGUUAUUUCAACAAGCGUAGUCUACCAUUCGAAUUUUUAAAAUAUGACCCAGAAACAUAUGAACCUGUCCGAACUGAUAAAGGCCGCUGUGUAAAAGUGAAUAAAGGUGAAGUUGGUUUGCUGGUUGCCCCGCUGUCUUUCACCAACCCCUUUCUUGGCUAUGCGGGGAACAAAACCAUGUCUGAAAAGAAGCUGCUGAGAGAUGUGUUUGAAGAGGGGGAUGUAUAUUUCAACACUGGAGAUUUGAUGCUUCAGGAUCACAGAGACUUUGUUUACUUUAAAGACAGGAUAGGAGACACAUUCAGAUGGAAAGGAGAGAACGUGGCCACUACUGAAGUUUCUGAAGUUUUAGGCUGUUUGGAGUUUCUGCAGGAUGUUAAUGUCUACGGUGUCACUGUUCCAGGCUACGAAGGAAGAGCUGGGAUGGCAGCUGUGGUCUUAAAGGAAGGUCACGACUUGGAUAGAGAAAGCAUUUUCAAUCAUUUGGUACAGAAUCUUCCAACGUACGCCUGGCCAUGGUUUUUAAGAGUACAGACUUUCUUGGAUGUUACAGAGACCUUUAAGCAGCAAAAAAAAAAGCUUGUGGAGGACGGAUUCUGUCCUCAGGCUGUCCAAGCUCCACUCUACUUCCUGGAUCGCUCUAAGAAAGCCUACAUCCAACUCUCUCAGAGUGUUUAUGACGACAUUGUCUCAGGCAAGAUACAACUCUGAGCCCAUCAUUUAUGGACAAGUGACGGAACGUUUAUCUGGCUUGGGAUAGUUCCGCAAUGCAGCAUGUUAAUCACUGUUUUUAUUAUUUUUGAGAAAUAAUGUAUUUUUAGAAAAUUUUAACUUGGACCUUGGAGGAAAACACUGGACAUUUCUCAGAAGCUUUUGACUUUUCACAGUGCUUAAAAAUUAUUGUUCAUUUUGUGGUGAAUGGUAUAGAACACUGUGAAGUAUAUUGAGAAUAUUCCAUGUGGAAGCUCAUGAGAAGUCAUUUCUACGCCAUGUCUUGCUUUAAGAGCCCGCAUUUUGUCUAUUGAAAUUUUAAAAAAUUGUCCAAAUAUAUUCCAAAAUCUUAUUGAAAUUUUUAAACACUUAAUUUUUGGAGGAAACUGUUGAAACUUUUUUAUUUUAAUUAUUUUUUAACAAAGAAGUGAAAAUGUUCAGCUUUGUUUUAGUAAUUUCAUUUAAUUAUGUUUAACACUGCCCAGUAAAUAUUAUUUUACAUAGCUAGCUAUGUAAAUACCUGCUCUACUGGAUAUUCUAGCUCACUUUAUUACUAUAAGAUUGUUUAUAUUUAGAGCAUACAUUGUUAUAUAACUUGUAGAGAGACUUGUUUUCUAUAAUUGUAGUAGCAGAACCAAAGUCGUUUUAAUACCAGUUCAGUCAUUAGGUGUAAAUGUUGACAGUGUCUAUAAUACUAGGUGUAUUUUAUUAAUACUUGUAGAGCCCGGUGUAGUGCAGGCAGUGAUUAAAACAUGGGAAAACAGACAGUACUGAUACUGACUCAGUAACUGAACACUGGCAAAUCUUCGUGAAGACAGAGCUUUUAAAGUGAUGCAUACACUUACUGUCCACUUUAAUAACACUUGGUGUAUGUGCUUAUACACCAAGAGCUUCAGAUAAUAUUCACAUCAAACAUCAGAAUUGGGGAAAAAGCGUAUUUCUGUGACUUUAAUCAUGGCAUGGUUGUUGGUGGCAGAAGGCCUGUUUUUUGUAGUUCUGAAAGUGCUGAUCUUACACAGAAUGGGUUAAAAAAAACAAAAAAAAAUCCUGCGAAUAGAGGAUCUUCUGACACUGUUUACGACCGUGCUGAGCAGAAAAUGAUUUUCAGAUUCAUGUACAUGAAUCCUCAGGACAGUUACUUCCUGGCUGACAGGAGUGGAACCUGAUGCAGUUUUCCACCUAAUGGUUUGAUGUUUUGUGCAUUCUGCCUUCCACUUGUAAAGAUUGAUGAUAUGAGUUACUGUUUCCUUCCUGAUGGCUCAAACCAAUCUGGCCAUUUUACUUAGACUUGUCGAAUCAACAAAGGUUUUUUUCCCACCCACAGAACAGAAAACACUCAAGGUUUAUUAAUUAAUUGAUUUUUUUUUAUAAUAUCUAAAGAUCAACAUAACUAAACUGUUGUCUGUGAAAGUCCCAAGAAAUCAUCAAUUUCUCAGAUAUUCAAACCAACGUGUGACAAUAACCUAGUCAUGGUUAAAGAACACACUUUCCCCCCGUGAUGUGAACAUUAACUGAUACUCUUCACAUGUAUGCACGAUUUGUUGAUGUUCUGUGCUGCUGCCGCAUUACUGGGUAUAUGUGUAACUGUAAAAGUGGACAGUGAUGGUGUAGUAUAUACAAUGAGACAUCGCUUAUGUGAAUUAGUAGGUAGGUGAUUGGGAGGAGUGUAAAAUCUGGAAAUCACUUGCGGAUCUGCAUGUGACUGUGACUACCUUUAAUUAAGUCAGACCUGGAAUUAAUGGGACUUUUGGUUAAGAUUAGUUCCAAAGGUUAUGAAAAAUGUCUGUGUUUAUUUAACUCAAAUGCACAAAAAUAAAAACAUAUUGUUACAA